UUCACCCCACCCCACACACUCUGUUUCAUACAAGGGGAAACUCAUGCAAGGGGAACCAAUUGUUCAUGCAUAGACGUUGUUGUGGGCUUACACAUCUCACACCUGAAGAGAGAAGUAAGGAAAAGCAAGAAUAACUGAAUAUGGUGGGCAACGUUUCAGGACCUCUGAAUAUGACCAGAGACACAGCUAACAAUUCCAUGGAUUUAUCAAGCCUUGACAUCUUCAUUAUAUGCACGUAUUUUGUCAUCUUUGCUGUGGGUAUCGUUGGAAAUGGUCUAGUCAUCUUUGUGACUGGCUACAAAAUGAAGACGACGGUCAACUCCAUUUGGUUUCUGAACUUGGCGAUUGCAGACUUCAUCUUCAUUUUAGUCCUGAUCCUCAACAUCGUUACUACAUUUAACAAGAUGGCUUGGCAGUUCGGUGACUUAAUGUGCAAAUUUGUCUCCCUCGUAGCGGUGCUAAACAUGUUUGCAAGCAUUUUCUUUCUGACAGCUAUCAGCCUGGACCGAUGCCUGUGCACGUGGGUGAUUGUAUGGGCUCAGAAUAAACGAACACUCGUCAAAGCCAGAAUCAUCUGCACAUUUGUGUGGGUUUUAUCUAUCAGCUGCAGCAUUCCUUUCUUCUUAAAUCGCUCAGUAUACGAAGACAAUAUUACUAAAAUUAAAUACUGCAGCUUUAGAAGCACCACUGAUAUUUUAAAGUCUCUGAUCACAUACAGGUUUUUGGUGGGCUUCCUCAUCCCUUUCCUGAUCAUUGCAUCUUCAUACAUAGCUAUUGGUGUGCGGGCCAAACGCCUCAAAAGAGGAAAGCAACUUAGACCCUUCCGGGUCAUUAUGGCUGUGAUCAUGGCCUUUUUCAUAUGCUGGUUUCCUUUCCAUGUUCAACAAUUGUGUUACAUCAGCGCAGUUCAGAAUAAAUGGAGUGCUAAGAAGAUAAUUGAAGAGUCAGGAAUUUAUGUUACCUUCCUGGCUUAUCUAAACAGCUGUCUGAACCCCAUUCUAUAUGUGUUUAUGUGUGAAGAGUUUAAGAGGAAGCUUAAACAGUCCCUGCUCCUGGUUCUCGAGACGGCUUUUACAGAAGAGUAUCUGAGCUUCCGUUCAACUCGCUUCUCCACUUGUUCACGCCUCUCAGAGUCACAAGGUGCCAAGCAGACAAACGACACCAUCUCCUCCAAUGCCAGUGGCCAGGACAAAAUCAGCUUUUAAAAACACCAGUCUCUGAGUGAUUGGAAAUAUUAAUUCUUCAUGUUAUACUGUGGUGUCAGAUCUAAAAAGCAUUUCAACAAGCACUCCACGUUUGCUGCCUUGCUGGAACAGCGAGUCUCAGAUUCAUAGGCAAUUGGCUUUAGACUUGACUUAGACUUCAGUUUGAAAGUCACAAACAACACAGACACGUCUUUAUGUCUACAAGGAGAAUUAUGUUCUUUGAAUAUUGAAAUACUGUUUAGAUACAAGGGAGUUCGGCCAACUGCUCACAUUUUCUAUUAAGUCCUUUGAAAUAAUAUAUUUUUAAAAUAUAUACUUAUAUAUGUAUGGGACUUAUAUUAGGCCUUAAAUGAUUUGUUACUUGACUUGGACUAAUGAUAAAAGACAUGAGACUUUACUUGGAAACUUGUAAAAAACACAAGCCUUUAUAUCUACAAGGAGUAAAAUGUUCUCUAAAUAGUCACAUACUGUUUAGAUACAAGGGAGCUUCUCAUGCACCCUUGGUUGCUUAUUCCUGUGAAAAUGAGGGAACAUUUGCUCACCAUUACAUUUUUAUUAUUUUUUGUAUUGUUCUGUAUUUACAUUUUUUUUCUUGUCUUUCCAGGAUUUUGUUUUCUCAUUGUCUUGUUUUAUUCAACCACUUAGUGACUUUGUAAAACUGUCAUUUCAGUGCUUAUGUUACUGUCUAUUUUUUAUUGUUAUGUCUAUUGAAUCAUCAAACUUUAAAAAAAAUAACUUUUGAGAAACACUUUGCCUGUAGUCUUCCACAACUUUUUUAUUAUUAUAAAAACCAUUUUUAUGCUGAA